AUGAAUUUAUCGUCCUCGAAGGUGCACGUAGACUCGCUGACGGAGGUCAACAAUCGAGAAUCUCGAGUUCAAUUGCGUCGACAGCGUAUAAGUGCACGUAAUGCCUCCAAAGACGAUGCCUCUCGCAAAAUGAAAAUGCAAGCGGGCCAGUCCCAACGUCUUAGCCGCGGCAAGCAGCAGGUUGCAACCAGUUUGAAUCAGCUUGACCGCCACAAAAUAGCAGGCAUUAGCAAAAUCACGAGUGUUCGAGUGGAAGCUGAUGACAUAGAAAACAGACGACGUGUUGAGGAAGAAGAACGCCGUAAUCAGUGUGAGGAAAGGCUGCAGCAAGAAGCAAUCGAGAGCGGCACAAAGAAUGCUGCUGUUGAAAUGAGAUGGGCAGAUCUUUUUGGGUUGAAUAUGCCACAGGAGCUACAUGACGAGCUGGAAUUGCAAGAUCGUGCAUGUAGAGAGAUUUUGGCCUCGAAAGAUGCAAUUAUUUGCGAAUUUCAAAACCAACUAAAGGCGAAGGAUGACGAGUAUGUGGUUGCGCUCAAAGUGCAGGCAGAAGAUGUCCAAAAGCUAGUCGAUCGCAUGGGUCAUCAGUAUCGAGAGAUGCAGGAGCAGUACGAGCUUGAGCUAGCACAGAUGGAAGAAGCUUUUUCAAAAGAGCGCAAUGAUCUUAUCGCAAAUAAUAAGCACGAGAUUGACUCGUUGUUUGAACGCCGACGUGAAAUGGAGUUGGUGUACAUGGAAGUGAAGCAAACUCGGGACGAGCAGUAUCUACAAGAAAUUGAAGAUUUGCGGUUGCGCGAUGCUGAGGAAUAUAAUGAGCUCAAAAAAAAGCUGGAGACCAAUAUUCAAACACUUGAGCAGCAGCUUGAGGACAUGCGUGCGACGUACCAACUUAAUACUGAGAAAUUGGAGUACAACUAUCGAGUGCUUACCGAACGUGAUAUGGAAAAUUCUGCAACGCUUGGCCAGCAGAAGCGCAAGCUAGCGCGUCUGAAAGAAACUUUGGCGACAUUGAUCACAAAGUACAAUCAGACUGAUGCGAGGGACCGGCGUUUAAAUGCGGAGCUUACAGAGGAAUAUCAACGUCUGACCAAGCAAUAUCGCGAACUGCAGCGAAAAUUUGCUCACUUUGAAAUCAGCGGUAAUAACAAAUUUGAUGAAAUCUGGCAGAUGCACGAAGAGGAAGCGAUACAUAAAAUUGAAAAGCUUCUAGAUGCGGACCGCAUCAUUCAUGAGCAGCAGCUUGGACUCACGUGGCGACCGCCAGCUCGAUCAAUUCGAGACUGGAGUCAUUCUGUCAGAGUAGGCGAUGGGGUAGUACUAGUUAAGCAGCUGGAAGAUGGCGAUCUGUCGUCGCAUGAUACCACAAAGAGUGAUAUGAAUCUGGAUGAUUGCGGAGACAAAAAUGAUCGAGAUGAGUAUAAUGACGUGUCAAAUGAAGAGUGCGCGCCUCAUGUCAUGAAUAUAUCUGGUGCAAAGUUGAAGUACAUGCUAAGAAUGUUAGCCUCAGAGGCUGGGUUCCUAGUCGAUGGCAGUGUCCAGCAAGCUCUUAACCAGCUACCUGACGACGAGGCUGAGAUAGUGAGGGCCGACAUGAUCAUGCGCACACUUGGUGUGGAUAAUGAAAUGGGCAUGGAAAACCUGAUGGGGCGAUUUUACAAAAAUCCGCGGCAAGAAGUGUCAAUGCACUCACAAGGUUUUGAUAACAAUAAAGAUAAAAGCCCGCCAAGUCAGGAAGAUGCAUCGUGGGGUCUCGUGGUUGGACCUGAGGACGUUAUCCGAGUUGUUAAGCGCUUUGUUGAGGAGAUGAGCAAUCAGAAGAUUUCAAUUUCGCCGAAUCAGACUCUUCAGCAAUCGUCAGACGGUGAGGGUGAUGAAGUCAAAAAAGAUAGCAAAGGAUCUGGCUUAAAAUCGUUAGAAGUCAAGGCACGAGAAGCUGAAAAGGAGUACUGGCUGAACAUUGUCAAUUUCUUUCCAGAUCAGAAAAAGCGCAUCUUGACAACACUUGAAAAGGGUUUAAUUCACUACAACACGGCGCUACUACGACGCAAAGAGCUCAUUGACGAUGUGACGGCGAUGAAGACAAGAAACGCCGAGCUCAAAGAUCUUCUCAAGAAGUAUAUGGCUGCUCCUAUCAACGAGAAACUAAUUGUGCCGCCCACACAGAUGUAG